GGCCUUAUGGCUAAGAUCAAAAGUGUAGUAUCUGUUCUUAUCAGCUUAACAUCUGAUAGUUCCUCCAUUGGAGGACGACAAAUGUUAAACUGAUUUUUGGAAUCAGACGGAGUGUUAGGAGCUUGCUCCACCUCUGUCGCGGGUUGCCCCGGUAUUGCAGUACCGCCGGGAUUUCGGCCCAACUGAAUAAUAAAUAUUACGAUUUGAUGAAAAAUUCACAGCCCCCUUAUUGAACGAAUGACCAUAAAUGACCCCCAAAAACCGCUAAAAACUGCCACGCCCACAUUUUUGUAAAACACGUUGAUACUUUUUUUUACGUUUUUGUUAGUUAUGCUGCUUGCUAAGCCCUUUUUAACUUGAGAUUUUGUGUAAAAUCAGGAAAAAAAAACCGAAGCGUAGUGGGAUAUUAAUAUGUAAUCAUCUUAUAAAUAAUAAAAAAAAAAUAUUUUUGUAUCAUAUUUCAAUGAAUAUGAAUCCAAUUUGCCAAGUCGAUAUCAACAGGCCAGAGUGUCAGAAAUGGAUGGUGCAGGCUUACUCCAAAUGUCGGGAUCUCUUCAAAGCGAAUAUAUUGCCCAAUUGGGGUCUAGACAAUACCCCUGUUCUUUAUAAGGCGGAUGUGGGGGCCAUGACUGUCGUAGAUUGCCAUCGGCUCAAGCGGGAAUUGGCCAAGGAAGUGGCUAAAGAGAAUGACGAGGUUGAUGAUCUGGAUGAUCUGGAUGAUUUAGAGGAGGUGGAGAACGCUUUUGAUCCAGAAAGAUUGAUGGGUCUAUUUCUGGUCCUCAGCGCAAUCGUUAUACUUUUCGUCCUUUUAUCUCGAAUGAAGCGUCGAAGGAAAGGAUUAAAGGAAGUUGAGGUUCCGAAACUGGAACCCCAGGAAGCUCCACCUGCCUUUGCUUUACCCCCCAAAAAAAAGAGAACUAGAGCCGCCAACUGCAAAAGCUGGAUGCGCAGGAGCUGUAGACCCUUCUUCCUCCACAACGAAUCUCAGGUCAGGCAGUACCAAGCCCGUGCCGAAAUGGAGGUGGCUGUCCACGAGGAGCGCACACGGCAGAAGAUCGCCAUGUGGACAAAGGCCCGGGAGAGGGAUGCCCAAAAGAAGAGGGAUAAGCUGCAAAGAAUUAUAGACAAGGCUUCCAAAACUUAAUACCUACUAUUUUUUAAAUAUUUGUA